CCAAACGACCCUUUAAUGUAUCCAUCCAUCCACACACACACAAACACGCACAGCAUUGUCUCAUUAAGCUGUGCUAGCUUCUUGCUUGUUUGUUGCUGAGGCGUUGAGCACUUGCACGCUAGCUUCACAUCCUGAAGAAACAGAGGCCUGGAGGCUGGAGCAGCUCUGUCUUUUCAGCUUGGUUCUGGUUCGGGUUGGUUGGAGGAGAAGCCACUUUCAGAAGUGCAGCCAAGGAGCUGAGAAGGAGUAGGAGAUGGAGGAUGUGGCCAAGUUCUUGUUUGGGAUUUCGGGCAAUGUCAUUGCUCUAUUUCUCUUCCUAUCGCCGGUGCCAACUUUCUGGAGGAUCAUCCGGAAGAAAUCGACGGAGGAGUUCUCCGGUGUGCCAUACAACAUGACGCUCCUCAACUGCCUCCUCUCCGCAUGGUACGGGCUGCCGUUCGUGUCGCCCAACAACAUCCUGGUGUCGACGAUCAACGGCGCGGGCGCGGCCAUUGAAGCGUGCUACGUGGUGAUCUUCCUGUGCUUCGCGUCGAGCAAGAAGGCGCGGCUCCGGACGCUGGGCCUGGCGUCGGCCGUGGUGGCGGUGUUCGCGGCCGUGGCGCUGGUGUCGAUGCUCGCCCUGCAUGGGCCGGGCCGCAAGCUCCUCUCCGGCCUCGCCAUGGCCGUCUUCUCCAUCUGCAUGUAUGCCUCGCCCCUCUCCAUCAUGAGGCUGGUGAUCAGGACGAAGAGCGUGGAGUACAUGCCGUUCCUGCUGUCGCUGGCGGUGUUCCUGUGCGGCACGUCGUGGUUCGUCUACGGCCUGCUCGGCCGCGACCCCUUCGUCGCGGUACCCAACGGGUGUGGGAGCGUCCUGGGCGCCGCACAGCUGAUCCUCUACGCCGUUUACCGGAACAACAAGGGCAAAUCCAGCGACGGCAAGCUGCAGGGAUCAGACGACGUGGAGAUGUCCGUGGACGCGAGGAACAACAAGGUCGCCCAUGGGGACGACGCCGGUGGCUCCCAAGACGUCCAGCAAGAUUCCUAGCUCUAGCUAGAUCAAGAUGAUCCAAGAGACUUGUAUACGUUUUUUAUGCCAUAUAUCCAUAUAGUUUCCCAUAUAUUUUUGUACUGUAAGACCCGUGUCCACCCUGUAUAAUUAGCUAAUAGGGGCUUGCCUUUUCCCCCGCCUUCCCCUGUCUGUUUGUAACCUAAUGCUGCAACACAUGCGUACUGGAGCUACCUUCACAAUGGAAAUACCGUGGCCUUGUUUUUCUACA